UCCUCUCUCUCUCUCUCUCUCUCUCUCUCUCUCUCUCUCUCUCUCUCUCAACAGGCAACAAGAAACAUGGAAGUGAUCAAGGGUCUACUAGUGGUGAUGAUCUUGGCAAUUCCAAUGUGGUCCGUCUCUGGUCAGAUCAAUUCCGCAUGCACAGCUUCCAUGAUCAGUAGCUUUACUCCUUGCUUAAAUUUCAUAACGGGAAGUACAGGCAACGGCAACGGGUCUCCCACCACAGGCUGUUGCUCUUCUCUCGGUUCGCUCGUUGGUAGUGGCUCCGACUGCGCCUGUCUCAUUUUGACAGGGAACGUCCCAUUCCAACUCCCGAUCAACCGUACACUCGCCAUCUCGCUCCCACGUGCCUGUAACAUGGCCCCUGUGCCCCUUGCAUGCAAAGCCUCCGCCUCUCCUCUUCCAGCUCCAGGUCCUUUCCAAUUUGGGCCACCUCUGCCUCUUCCCCCAAGAUCGUCACCAGAUUCAUCAUCACCAUCGCCAUCACCAUUUCCUGAUGCAAGCGAUCUACCGCCAGUGGCUCCACCAACAAGCUCUGUGACUCCGGGAGUGCCAGGUCUCCGGCCAGUUCUGACUCCAAAUUCAGCUUCUAAGCUCUAUAACAUGAAUUCGCCAUCUCUUCUGGUGUUUGUUCUAGGAAUUGUCGUCUUGAAGUACUUCUAAGUACUUGAAGAAUUCUAUGUUUUUGGUUGUGGGGUUUUGUUAUUUAUAUGAUUCGUGGGUAUUGAGUGCAUUUAGUGAUUGCAUCUUCUUUAUUUUUUUGUACAUCCCCUGUUUAAGUGCUAUUGCAUUUUGUUAUUCAAUAAAGCUCUUUACAUAAAUCUUGGUUUGGUAUUUUCAUUUAUUUCUUUAA